AUGGAGAGGAAAUUUUUUGGGUUUUUCUUUGUGAUUCUCUUGAUUUUUGCCUCACAAAUGGGAAUAAUGAUGCCACAAGUAGAAGCAAGAGUUUGUAUGUCACCUAGCCAUAGCUAUCAUGGUCCAUGUUGGCAUGAUCACAAUUGUGCUAUUGUUUGCAGAAAUGAAGGCUUCUCUGGUGGUAAUUGUGUUGGUAUCCAACUUAAGUGCUAUUGCACUAAGCUAUGUUAGUUUUUUUAUUUUCAUUUUUCACUCGGUGUGAUGUCAGCCUGUUGGACCUACUCUGAAGCUUGACUAAUUUCGAAGUCAUGCAAAGAAGAUAUGUUGACUUUUGUUUUCUUUUCCUUUUGAAAGGCUUGAAUGUAAU